AUGACUUAUAUCAAAGACUUAACACAAUCUAGACAGUGUGAUUUGUUUUAUCAUGAACUUUGUGCUGGUCUGCGGUCUGCUCAAUGUGACAAAGAGCAAAAAAUCAAAUUAAAAAACGUCCUCGAGAAGGCCCAGAAAAAAAAUGCUGAUAGUAAGGGUUUUUUUUAUAUAAAAUCUUUGAUCCCGAAAUUUGACAGUAUUCAUGAAUUAAGGAGAAUUGUAUGUUUUAGUAUGAACGGAAACAUGGGAUGGGUUGGGGAUGUUGUACUAAUGGGUGACUUCAAUAUUCAUGUAGAGAAAAUUGAUGAUCCUCGCACGAUAAGUUUGUUAAAAAUAUUCGACAUUUUUGAUCUGGUUAACUAUGUAAAUGGUAAAACUUCUUCUCUUAGUGGUACACUAGAUUUGAUUGUUAGCUCUUGUGGUUUCCCUGUUCCUGAGAAAACGAUUUGCCCGAGUGAAUUUUUUGUGGAUACGAUCAGUGGCGUCACUAGGGGGGUGCGGGGGUGCGGACCGCACCGGGUGACACCCUCACAGGGAUGUUUGACUCACUGCGCAUUCGAAUCACUGAGCCAUCUCGCCGGCCAGCAUGCGACAACUUACAUCGUCUACCCAUUAACCAACCCCGAAAGGAUGGACACGGCUGGGUUGACCGGAAGUCGGCUACCCGGAUGA